AUGGGCAGAAUUCCGCCAGGAAUGCCCAAAGGAGCCCAAGUCACCAAAAACUUCGAGAACGCCAAAGACCCCCAGAACCCCCAGAACACCAAGAACGCCAAAGACCCCAAAAACGCCCAGGACCCCAAAAACACCAGAGACCCCAAGAACACCAGGGACCCCCAGAACCCUAAAGAGUCUUCGUACUUGGUGGCCUUGGCCCCGCCCUGCUCCGACAGUACACUCAAAGAAGAUGUCACUUGGCUACCAAGCAUCGCCGUCUCAGAUUCCCCCUCCUACGAUGCGCAGGUUACCUUGUACAAAACGUCCGCCAUAGCGCCUACGCUCAUUGUCUCCGCUCUCACCGCAGCCAUCCUCCUCCGCACCGGCAGCAAGGUGAUACUUGUCUCUAGUGAGAGCAGCAGCAUCACCGUACGGCACAAAAUUGAGGGUGGUGGCAAAUAUGGCCACCGUGCCAGCACAACCGCGCUGAACAUGGUCGGCAAGCUUCUGCGUUUUUUGACCUGA